AUGGGUCCUCGUGGACUCACCCUUCCACCCGCUUCGACUACAUCCGCAAAGGCCUUCCGCAGCGCGUUCUACUGCGACCUCUGCUCGAAGGGCUAUUCGCGCCAAAACGAGUACGACGCCCACGAGUCCAGCUAUGACCAUCAGCACAAGAAGAGGCUGAAAGAGAUGAAGAGUAUGCAGAAACAGGCGCAACAGCCGACCAAAGGGAAGGAGGAGAAAGGGCCCCUCGUGCAGAUCAAGCUAGGUGGGGCAAAAGGGAACGGAGGCAAUAGUGGUGUCGAGGCGGGUGGCGUCAAGAAGGGCGGAUUCAAGAAAGGAGGUUUCAAAAGUGCUUUUGGUUCGGCCGAAGAUGAGGAGCAGGUAGAGGUGAAGAAGGACGAGGAAGCCGAUCUGAAAGAGAUAAAGGCGGGGAUUGCAAAUGAGGAAGACAGUGAUUUUACAGACCAAGAAGAUUAUUAUGACCCAAGGCAGCCAACCGGCUGUAUGCCCGGAUGCAAGAGAUGGGUCCGGGCUGCUGUAGGAUGA